AUGAUGACCAAUGCAAGGAACCGGACAACGUACCAAUGGAAAACAAAAAAUAUAUUAAGAAUAGCCACUUGGAAUAUUAAAUCUUUAAAUACAAGAGAACAGGAACUUACUAAGGAACUCAUGGAUGCAAAGGUAGACAUAUGCGCUCUUCAAGAAACUAGGAAAAAAGGCAAGGGUCAAAUUAUGUUAGAUAACUACAUAAUGAUAUAUAGUGGCGUACCAAAGGAAACAAGAGCCAAGGAAGGAGUCGCCAUAUUAGUUCAGAAAAGAUUAACUAUACAGAUUGAAGAGUGCAAAUACGAAUCAAAGAGAAAUGUUGCAAUUAGAAUGAGAUUGGGAGAAGAGCUAGUCAAUAUCAUAGGAAUAUAUGCGCCGGAAAAUAAUAGAGAACAAAACAUCAGAGAGAGAUUUUUCGAAGACCUAAAGACAUCAAUAAAUGAUAUGCCAUCAAAAGGGUCCAUGAUUGUAUUGGAUGACUUCAAUGAUCGAAUUGGAAAUGACAUCAUCCCAGGAAUAUAA